GCUCGCAUCGUUUGAAGAUACCUCGCGCGUUUAUGCGUAUAAUUUAUUCACGUCGUUGUGACAUUUUUGGCGUAAUGUUCAGUUCCCGCAUGGGCCCUUAUGUAGAAACGUUAUAUGUUUUUUCUCGCUGGUUUACUUUACCGAUUGUGGUUCGCCAUUUUGGAAAAGGGAACAGAAGAAGAGAGUCAUCGAGAGGGGGAGCAAGCGAAACGGGCGUUUGUCAGCCAACCUGAGUUUGUCAUCCAACCUGAGUUUGCGAACCAACCUGAAUUGCUAACCAACCUGAAUUGCCAACCAACCUGAGUUUUUCGGCCAACCCGCGUUUCAAUCCCUACGCCUUUAUGCAAAAGCGUAUAUUCACAUUUUCGUAAAGAUCUGUAAGCAUACUUAGCGAAUGCGAAAAAUGAACGGAACGACAAGCAACCAAAGGAGCCACUGUUUGUAAAUUUGCCUCCCCAAUUUGAGCUGCGGCCGUCCCUUUUUUUAAAAAAAUAGGAUACCUCAAAAGGCCUCACGAAAGAAAGCAGAACCACCACCACCGCCUUGCAGAAAAAAUGUCGCGUUUCCAGCCAGUAAUAUUAUGCAAUAAGAAAAAAAAGAUCAAGGAAUGCAACGACUUCCUAUUCGACUUUAAAAUUUUGAGCUCCGGAAAUGAAAAGGGAAGCGUCAAGUCGAUUAGCAUUUGUAACAAGUUCAUUGCGAUUGGUUGCAGCAAUGUGGUCUUCCUGAACAGCAUAACGGGAGAGAAAUUAGAUAAGAAGUACCAAUGCAAGGAGGAUAUUACCAAAUUGAAAUUCCGAGAUGAGGGGAUGCUGGGAGUUGGGUUAGAAAAUGGGGCGAUAGAACUUUUAGGAGUAUUUUGCUUUGGAAGAAUGAAAAGACUGAAUGGACACAAAUCAGCAAUAAACGAUUUAGUGUUUAACAGUAAUUUUAAAACGUUAUAUUCUUGCUCUCGAGAUUUUAGCAUAAAAAUAUGGAAUGUAUGGGAAGGGACCUGUGAGCGUACGUUAGAUUACCACAUUGACAGUGUAACGAGUCUUUGUUUGCAUACGUUUGAUGGGAGUGAUGGAGAUCCCCAUUUGAUUAGCAGCAGCUAUGAUGGCUGUGUGCUUGUGUAUAAUUUAAAUUCGAACGAACAAGUCAACCAGAUAGAGUUGGACGAACCAGUUGAAUGCUUAAACAUAUUUCAAAAUAAGUACAUCGUUUUAGCGGUGAAAAAUGUAAUUAAAUUUUACAAAGUGGAAGAUCUUCAGUUUGUAAAAAAUUUGAUAAUUUCCCCAAAGACUUGUUUCUAUUUGGGGAACUUUAAGCAUUACCUUGUGGCUGCCAGUUUGGAUUUGUCUGUGUAUUUCGUGGACCCCUUCUACAAGGACACGCAGAAAAUAAAAGUCGUCAGCAUUGCUAAUUUUUUGAAUGCCCCUAAAUCGGUUGACUUUUCGAAUGGAGUACUGGCCCUGGGAGAAAUGAAUGGCAAAUGGCUCAUCGAGGUGUACAACGAGAAGGGGAAGCAGAAAAAACAGAAGCGCAAGGAGAGCGACCCCCUGGUGGACAUUCCGGAAAUGAUUUAUUUGUUCUCCAACGCUGAUAUAAACAACUAUAUAAAAUCGUUCAAAUAUCAUGAUGCCCUGAUGCUGAUGAUAAAGCAACACCCCGAAGCAAUGUUGUCCUUUCUGGACUACUUGUCCAAGCACAAAGUUAUGAUCCCCGCAUGUAGAACAUACUCCAUCGAGGAUACCAUCAAAGUGUUAACCUUUUUCAGAAAAAGAUUCGUAAUCGACGUUUUAAUGUUUGAGUUUUUCUUUUCCUUUUUCCACGUAAAUAAGUGGAUUGCCACUACGAGUAAUGCCAAGGUGUUGGACGAGCUGAACGUUUUGAAAAAGGGCUUUGAGAACACGCAAAAUUUUAUGAAGUAUUAUCAUAAUUUAAAAGACAUCGCGGAUUUUCUGAAGAAUUAAAUGGGCGUCUUUUUGCACACAGGAGUAGCUGGCUCUGCACGCGUGCGGCAUUUUGCGCAGUUGGCUUUGCCGUUACUGUGUUGUGUAGUCUCCAUUUUGCCCCCCUGUUUGCCCUCCUUUUUACUCACUUGUUUGCUUUUUUUUUUUUUUUUUCUGCACUUCGUUUGUGAUUACAGCACAAACAUCAUUUGAGAAGGGCGCAUUUUAUUAAAUUGUUGAAAUGCAGCCCCUUUUUUCAACGCCAUGUUGUUUCCCUUUUUUUUAAUGACGCUUGUGCGGUUUGCUUGGCAUGCGCCAGGCGCGCAAUCAAUAAAACGUA